AUGUGUCUGUGUGAGGAACACUCAGACAACUCGACUUCAGAUGAUGAGUACUUCUAUGACAGUGAGUAUGAUUUGGAUGGAGUACAGCUACAGGAUACAAUGGUUGAUGAAAAUGUGGGACUCAGGAAUGAAAUAGACAAAGGGGAAGUGGUUGAUAAUGACACUGGAAGGAAUAAAAGGAAAUGGGUUGAGAAAUAUAAUACAACAACAAUGGGUACUACUUAUGAGAAUAUUGGUGAAGACAAUGAUUCAGAUGAACUAAAGAGUAUUCCAAACUCAUCAUCAGAGGAAAAUGAAGAUAGGGUGACAUACCAAGUGUUUAAUGCCAAGACUGACGUGAGUGAUCCACAAUUCAAGUUAGGUAUGUUAUUUAAGAAUCAAGUGAGUUCAGAGCUGCUGUUAGACAACAUUCUAUUAAAUGCGAUAAACAGAUAA